AUGGUUCGAACUCGACCUCUGCCUCUCGACUUCCCCUGUCUAGGCUUGGGCAACCUGGUAGUAUCCCAGCCCUCGUGCCUCCGUGUGUCAUGGGAGCUAGGCACCGAGAGUGUGCUACAGCUGAACGAACUUAAUCAGUAUCAGCUGGGUCUUUUCCAGCCAGACCGUCUUCAUAUUUUGGCCUUGCCACCUGUCCCCUUCCGGUUAUCGUUACUAGCCGACCAUCUGAGUGAGAAGAACGUCACCCGAACAGAUGUGGUGCCAACGUCGUCCGCGGCAACAUUGCUGUCCACCAGCACCACCAACAAUAGCAGCACCGACAACAGCAACAGGGAGCCAGCGAAAACUCUCACUGCACACUUUCCUGACCUGUGUGCUCGUCCAGAUGGGACAAGUUUUUGUUUGGACUUGACUAAACGUUUCCUACUGCCAGCCACUGUGGGAGCCAAGCCCUGGGAUCGUCAUCUCCACCUAACGGACGUGAUUGUUAUGCUCGUGAACCAAACGGGCCGAAUAGUGUACCACAAAUGCCACUUUUCCGGAGCGUCACCUCUACCGCAAGAUCCACUUCAUUAUUUUCAUCACAAAUCUUGGGAUGACUUUGUCCACCCCACUUAUGCGGACUUGUGGAGCAGGCACCAAACGAAAGCACUCGAAGAGGCUCGAUUGGUUCACCCAAACAACGUGGUUUCAUCGUCCGACGGCUUAUCUCAUCCAGACAUCCCGACAUCCUCAGCUGGAGGGGUCGAAGAGGAUGCUUCGGUGCGCAUUCUCGACUGUCCGGACUACCGAGUCCAGUUCGGGAAUCAGUCGUUUUCGGUUCAUACGUUUAGUCUCCCAGCCAGUAGAGAGCUACCACGUGGUGUGGCCACUUGGACUAGUGUGCAUGUGGAUGGCGCUGCCGGAGAGAACGGAAGUCCUGAUAUCUUUGUGGUACACUAUCACCGUCUGUACAGGUACUUCAAUCGAGGAAACCAUCUAGCACCAUCGACUACGAUGGCUCGGCCAUGUUCCGUACAUGCUGAAACACCUACCGUAAUGAUUGUUGUUCUCUGUGUCUCCUUCAAAAUGGUGGAAACCGCGGGGUGGACUUGA